ACUCCCAUUACAAUUCCCUAACCUAAUGUAUACUCUGCAGCUUCGCCGGUGAUGCGAGAAAAUCCAGGUAGCAGGAUUCUGCAGCCGCUCUUACAUCUCCCUCAUAGACAAUAACCCUUCAACUUAUUUUUUCUUCCCUCUGAGCAAUCCAGCGAGCAGCAAACCUGUUACUUGCUUAUUCUCCUUCUCCCUCGCUCUCCCUCUCACUCUCUGUGUGUUUUUUUAUUCAGUCUUUGCUCUACUACUGAGUCAUUGUGCUGCUUUUGGCUCGUGGGUCUUACAUGGUUUUUCUGCACAGUGCGGAUUUUGCUCCCGAGUUAAUCGUUCAAUGUUAUUUUCUGCUAAUGCAGAUGUGAUUCCCUUCCCUGUCGCUCUCUGUACACUUUCUUAAAGAGGGAAGGGGGGAAAAAAGCAUCAAUAAGGCUUGGGCUAUGCAGAGAUCUGAAGACUGAAGCCUCUGACUAUCAUUCAUAUGAGACUCCUGUUUCAUUUCUUCUAGGCCUCUGCAGCAGAGAUGGAGAAAAUCAGGGUACGAAAUUCCUGGGUACCCUCCUGUCUGUGGCAACCUAAAAUUCUAGAAGACAGUCACGCAAAAUCUUCUUCUAACCUCUGGGACAGCAGCUUACAAGACCAGAAGGAAGAGCUGCAGAAGCGCCUGUCGUACACCACACACAAGCUGGAGAUGCUGGAGAACGAGUUCGAUUCCACCAGGCAGUACCUGGAGACGGAGCUGAGGAGGGCUCAGGAGGAGCUGGAGAAGGUCACCGAGAAGCUGAGGCGAAUCCAAACCAAUUACUUGUCGUUGCAAAGAAUAAACCAAGAGCUGGAGGAGAAGCUGCACAGAAUGGGACAACAUUACGAAGAGGAAAAGAGAGCGCUGGGUCACGAGGUGAUAGCGCUGAAUAACCAUUUGCUGGAGGCCAAGGUGACAAUUGAUAAACUAUCCGAAGAUAAUGAGUUGUACAGGAAAGACUGUAACCUGGCCUCACAGCUGCUACAGUGCAGCAAAAGUUACUACAGAGCGCACAAAUUAUCAGAGCUCCCAGCUGACUUUCAGGAAAGAGUAAGUGAACACUUGGAAAAACAUGGGUGUAAACUAACUGUGCCCCUGUCUAACACCUCAUAUGCUGAUAGCAUUCCUACUUGUGUCAUUGCUAAGGUGCUGGAAAAACCCGAUCCCAGUAGCCUGUCUUCACAUCUGUCAAGUGCUUCAAUGAGAGACCUUAGCUAUGAGCAAGAGCGCGUUCAAGAGCCAGAGGAGAAACUACGGCAGCGACAGCAAUUCAAGUCUGAGAUCUACUGCAGCGACACCGCGCUCUACUGCCCAGAAGAAAGGAGGAGAGAUCGCAGGCAGAGCUUUGAUGUGCAAGUUAAAGAUGAAGUCUUCUUAAGAUCUCAGAACUCUACCGACAGCACGGUGGAAGAUGGAUUCCAUUCGAGCUUCUCACACGAAGCCUUCAAUGAAUAUGUAGCAUCCUUACCCACAUCCAGCUCAUACUCGAGCUUCAGUGCUACUUCCGAAGAAAAGGAGAACAACCAGGCUAACACUUUAACUGCCUCCCAGCAGGCCAUCUACUUGGGAAACAGGGAUGACCUCUUCGAAAGGAAGUCUACCACGGGUUACGAGCAUAAUGCUAGCCCAAGAUUCGUAAAAUCCAAGUCUGUCCAGCACAUGGAGCACAGCCCAGAGAACGAGGCAUCUCCCAACUUCACCAGAUCCUCUUCCUACGUAGAGGAACCUUUCCAUUUUUCCAGACUCCGUACCCAACAGCCACUAGCUGCCCACAAGUCGCACAGCGAGUGUAGACCCUCCCAUCUCUCUGAAGAUGACUUGCCAACCAGGUGGAGGCAACUAAGCGUGGAGGACAUUGGAGCCUACUCGUUCAGUAAUGAUGGACGGAUAUCACAGUGUAGUUUCACGGAACAGUAUUUUGCCCCCAGUCCAGUUAAACAGCUGGAAAGCCGGAUGAGCCCAUUGUAUGCCAGUUAUAAACAGGACAGCUUUUCAGAAGGGGAAGAAGUUUGUCAAAGUCAAAUGGGAGACUCGUGCUUUCUCCGAACAGACUCUGGUUUGAAAAUAGACAUCAGCGCCAGCUGUAAACAAGAAAUGCUGUCUACCUUUCAAAAGUCAAAAGAAGCAAGAGACCAAAUAAGCGAGAGGAUGUCCGUUCAGAUAGGGAAUAAGAGCAUAGACACCAACGCGGCAGCCAAGAGAGAAUAUGUGGAUGUUAGUCCGAAUAGCUCUGCGGAAUCUCUCAGUCAAAGCCCUAUGGAGGCUUCGGACAUACACCAGUCUUCCAUUGACCAAGGACAUGCAAGCUUUCACGGCAAGCCCCAGCAAUUCCAAAGAACUGGAAGCAUUGGGUUAACAAGGAAAGAUAGUCUCACAAAAGCACAAUUAUAUGGGACACUGCUGAAUUAGCGCGCUUCCGAACUGCAAUAAGUAAAUCUUACCGAGAGCAAACAAUGGAUUCUGGGAAUGUUGUGGAGAUUCCAUUGAGCCAGUAUUAACAAUUCUCUAUUAAGUGUUUGUGUAUCUUGCACUUUUGUGGAAAGCUUCCAAUAUACAACAAAGUAUCACAACGACCCUGUACAUAUGAGAAUAACCUCACUGCAUAUGUGCAUAAGGCCAUUCUAAGGGGGGAGGGGGGGGAUAGUCAAACAGGAAUUUAAGAAGCUGGAUAGGGUUAUAACCAAAGUUAAAAAAACAAAAGCUAAAACUAUUACAGUAGCCAUUAAAUCUAAGAAUACACAGGAAGGUCACAGUCCUAUAGCAGGAAAACCAGAUGUAUCAGGGUUCCAAUUCUACUUGACAGGAGUUGUAUCAUAUUGUAUUAUUGGCUCCGCAGCUCGUCAAUCAAGAUUAUGGCUUCCCGGCCUUAGCUUGCACAACUCCGGAUUGGCUGUUUGGCUUGAAACUUCAGAUAUUAUCCGUUUUUUUAUAUGAAGUUAUUGCUGCUUUGAACCAAAGCAAAUCUCGGCUACAGUCAGUCAUUACUCCAAAUCCACUUCAGUCGGAGCCUCUUAUUUUAAAAGGCACAAUAUGCAAAUUGCAUUAAUUUUUCACACCAUGCGGUACAGGAAAUACAGUAGGUUUAUAGGAGGGUCAGGUGGACGGCCAUGAAUUUUGGGCUCAUGGAGUCCAAGUCUACACUUUAACAACAAUUACUUAGAGUGCACCUAGGAGUCUCGGGCUGCUACAUUGUAGCUUGGUGAUAGUCUUCAUAAGUGAAGGCCCAGAGCGGUUAUAUUCAGAAUGCUUCAUGCUCUCUGGGAAUUGUUGAUUCAGAUUCUGCAUCUUUAUGACAGUCCAUGGGUUAAAAACUUUCACUACAUAUGUUUAAAGGGGUACUCCGCUGCCCCAUCGUUCGAAACAUUUUGUUCCGAACACUCAGAACAGGCGGCGGGGAUCGUGAUGUAACGACCACACCCCUCGUGACGUCACACCACACCCCCUCAAUGCAAGUCUAUGGGAGGUGGCGUGGCAACCACCACGCCCCCUCCCAUAGACUUUCAUUGAGGGGGUGUGGUGUGACGUCUCGACCCCCAGCGUUCUAAACCAACCCUGGGUGCUGCACAGAGAUUGCGGGGGUCCCAGCUGCGGGACCACCACAAUCAGUCAUCUUAUCCCCUAUCCUUUGGAUAGGGGAUAAGAUGUCUAGGGGCGGAGUACCCCUUUAAAGGGUAAUUCCAGGAAACAAAAACUAUAUAUAUA